GUCUUCUCUCACCUACAUAUUAUGCUAAUAUUAACGUUUCCCAGAUGCUGUUUUUGAUUCGUAUUAUUCUAAAUCCCUAAAACUGCCCAGUUGCUCUUGUUUUUGGGGGAUUUUAGGGGCUCGAUCUGGUGGGUUUACGGUAAAAUUUUGCAGCUUUUCGAGGUCAUUUUUUGCUUGCAUUGCAUUCUGUCGGAGGUAGAUUUUUUAUUUUCUGUGUUGGAAGAGGAAGUUAGAAAAUGUUUUUGGUCGAUUGGUUCUAUGGAGUUCUUGCAUCUCUUGGGCUGUGGCAAAAGGAGGCCAAGAUCCUUUUCUUAGGGCUGGAUAAUGCGGGAAAAACGACCUUGCUUCAUAUGUUGAAAGACGAGAGAUUAGUUCAACACCAGCCGACCCAGCAUCCAACUUCGGAGGAGCUGAGCAUUGGUAAGAUCAAGUUCAAGGCCUUUGACCUGGGAGGGCAUCAGAUAGCUCGCAGAGUUUGGAAAGAUUACUAUGCUAAGGUGGAUGCUGUAGUUUAUCUGGUCGAUGCGUAUGAUAAGGAGAGAUUUGUGGAGUCAAAAAAAGAGUUGGACGCUCUCCUCUCCGAUGAAGCAUUAGCGGACGUUCCAUUUCUGAUUCUGGGCAACAAGAUUGAUAUUCCAUAUGCUGCAUCAGAAGAUGAAUUACGGUUCAAUUUAGGCCUAACGAACUUCACCACGGGCAAGGGCAAGGUAAACCUGACCGACUCCAAUGUCCGUCCUCUCGAGGUUUUCAUGUGUAGCAUUGUCAGGAAAAUGGGUUAUGGGGAUGGUUUCAAAUGGCUUUCUCAGUACAUUAAGUAGAUUUUAUGUCUUCUCUUUCUUCUGAGAAACAAAUUAUUUGUUUAACAUUCACUGUUACUGUUUUCUGUUGGUAUGAAUCUAUGAGGGGUAAGAUUUGUUCUUUUACCUUUUUUUUUUCAUUUCCAAUUGAAACUCCCACAUCAAAGUUUGAUCAUAAAACAUGCUGUAGUGAAUUGGCUGCUCUUUUCUUCAUUGCUUCUCUCUAUACACGUGAGGACAA